AAUGGAGUUGUACAUGAAUUGGCCGGGCGAAGAAGAGAUCAUGUAGUACUACCCCAGGGUCAACAACGAAGAGUAGAAGGUUAAACAGACGGAGAGUUGAGGGAAAAAACAAGAGGGGGAACCUGAUUAAGGCAAGAAAGGAGGUUCUACAGGACAACUAAAGACACCUCAGACUGUUGCAACAUGUUGCACAUUUGGAUUGGUUUGUUAAAGUAGAGGAGUGGUCCUUGUUAUUCAUUUAAGAAACAUUAUGCAAAUGCAUGCAAAACAUAUUUUAUAUUGUGCAUUUUUUACAAAAACACAUGUGCACGCACCCCUGCUAUAUUUCCAUACUGUAGGGGCAGUGUUUCGAAAACGCACAGCUACUCAUGUAGUUUCACAAUACAGAAGAACUUCUUUGUUUACAAAUGGAGUUUAACCUCGAUGCCAAUGUUCCUCCAAUAGAGGAGGCUGCAAUUUCAGGACCGUAGUCCUGGGACCGCAUUUCUGGACUGUGAGUACUGAAUGUGAAUAAAUUUGUUCAACGUUAAAAAACAAAACAAUGUGUCAGGAAUUGGACAGCAAAGUUAACGUUCGCAAGCCGAAGGGAAGGAUGAAUGUCUCAAUCCAAGAAGGGAGGUCCCUGCCCGAAUUGGAAAAAUGCACCACAUGCUGCAAUCACUUCCACUGUCCCUUCUGUAGCUCAAAUGUGUUCAAACCAACAAAGCUCAGCAAGGUCAGAACUCAUUUAGAGAGCCAUUUCAACCGUGCUGUUCUCCAUGAAGGGUACACCAUUCACAGAUGUGGGUUGGAAUGUCGACAACGUUUGCAUUACCACUGCGUCCACUGCCAGUCGAUGCUGUCACGUAAACUGGACUUCAGUAAACAUCUGUCUGUGUGCAAGAAGAGGCCCUUUAAAAUAGCUACAACCAUCCCAGCUCCAACUGCUUCCACCAUCCUAGCCAACCCAGAUCAAACCACCCCAGCUCAAACACCAGCACCUCUCCCUGCGCCCACCACCUCAAAUGCACAGUUGCAAAUGGUUGCUGUGGAGGCAUCAGGGUUGCAGCUUGUGAUGAUCCCCCAGGCGUUAUCAUCUUCCUGGUCCAACGCAUCAGAGCUCAGCUCCAUCUGCACCACAGCCCUCCAAAACCCCUCGUCCUUUCCCACUCCUGUGGAACACUCUUCAGCGGUCAUUCCCUACCCUAUUCCAGGACCGAAGAAGAGGAGAAAACACAAUGAAGAUGACCUAGUGAAGAGGGACUGGGGAACGGCGGCGAAAAGAGCUCCUCAGAGACGCCAAAACACUGAAAGCGAGAGGUUUGGGCUUGUGGUCGCCGACAUGCUGGAGAAGGUUCCACUUGAGAAGCAAAACGAUGUGAAAUUGAAGAUCUUCAAACUGCUUAGUGAGUCGUCAAUGUGAACAUUGAGAGGAUUAAGGCAGCACCACUUUUUGUUUCACAUUUGUUAAAAAUGAUGUGCCCUGACGACAUUAUGCUGGUGAUGUUAUGUUGAUGUCAAUAAUUGUUCCUUAUCUGAACAGAUUUUGUUGUAAAUAAAAAAGUGACAUUGUAGUAAAGCA